CCUUCUUAUCCCAUCCGCUCCCGGGAGGGCUCCCCCGCCGCCGGCGAGGACGGAGAAAAAAGGGCGGCCACCAUGAAUCGCUCGGGGAAGAAAGACAACGAGACCCUUAUCGAGAUGGCGAUGUCUACGGAUGAUGACAUUGUGGUUCUCACCAAGUUCAAGCCAUCGUGGUCAGAAGGGGAAGAAUGCAAUGGACCCUUAUGUGAAACUGUUUCAUCUGCAGACUCAGAAAUCCCCAGCAGCUCCGAGGGCCUAAACAGCACUGAGACUACUUUACUCAUCCCCGAACAUCAAGUGCAGAGUGGAAGGAGAUAUAAUCUGUUCCUGAAGCGACGUCUCAGGAUUGAUAAAAGACAUCAAAGCAAAGAUUCUAUUUUCUUCAGGGAUGGUGUCAGGAGAAUUGAUUUUGUUCUCUCCUAUGUGGAUGAUCUCAAUAAGGAAUGGGAAAAAAAGUUGGAAAGAAGAAAAGAAUUUGAGAGCAAUCUGCAAAAGGCUGGCUUGGAACUAGAAACAGAAGACAAGAAGGAAUCAGAAAAUGGCAAGAUCUAUUUUGUGAAGAUCCACGCCCCGUGGGAGGUUCUGAUCACGUAUGCAGAAGUGCUGAACAUCAAAGUUCCCAUCAAGGAAAACGACAUUCCCUCCACGGUGGAGAACCCCCUGGACUGUAUGUUGGCGCCUCUCAGGCUGCCGGAGAAGGUGAUGCACCCUGAGCCCGAUUAUUUCACAGCUCCGUUCAGCAAGGACAAGCAGGAGCUGUAUCUCAUCGAUGACGAGAGCACCUUCUUCUCACCGUCCAUGAGAAACAGAAUAGUUAAUUAUAUUCUUACACGUUGCCCGUAUGGAACAGAAGAAGGGAAGAAAAAAUUCGGGAUUAAGAGACUGCUAAAUAAUGGCACCUACUCAGCUGCGUAUCCUCUUCAUGAUUGCCAGUACUGGAAAAAGGCAAAUGAUCCAAACUGUGACAACGAGAGGUACACACUGUACAUGGAGUGGGCCCGUUUCUUGCGCUUCUACAAGGAACAGCCUUUGGACCUCAUCAGGAAGUACUAUGGGGAGAAGAUUGGAAUCUAUUUUGCCUGGCUGGGAUUUUACACCGAGAUGUUAUUCCUUGCAGCAGUUGUUGGCUUAAUCUGUUUUCUUUACGGCUUGUUUACAAUGGAUGAAAAUAUGAGCAGCAAAGAAAUCUGUGACCCUGCAAUUGGAGGAGAGAUCAUCAUGUGCCCUCUUUGUGACCGAGACUGCGAGUACUGGAGGCUGAACACCACCUGUCAGUCCUCAGAGUAUUCCCAUUUGUUUGACAACGUGGCAACACUCUUUUUUGCCAUUUUCAUGGGGAUAUGGGUUACGCUUUUCUUGGAGUUCUGGAAGAGACGGCAAGCUAGGCUGAAAUACGAGUGGGAUUUGGUUGAUUUUGAAGAGGAACAGCAACAGCUCCAGCUGAGGCCAGAGUACGAGGCAAAAUGUACCCAAAAGAAGAAGAAUCCUGUGACUCAGGAGAUGGAGCCUUAUUUGCCUGUAACCAGCCAGGCUGUGCGGUUCUGCAUCUCGGGAACUACAGUCUUGUUCUGGGUGUCUCUGAUUAUUGCCAGCAUGAUCGCCGUGAUCGUGUACCGCCUGGCGGUGUACGCGGCCUUUGCCAGCCUGAUGGAGAACACGGAGACGUUACAGCCCGUCAGGGGGCUGCUGACCCCCCAGCUGGCGACUUCGGUCACGGCCUCGUGCCUCAACUUUGUCAUCAUCAUGAUACUGAAUUUUCUCUAUGAGAGAAUAGCCAUCUGGAUCACCGACAUGGAGAUUCCCAGAACUCAUAUGGAGUAUGAGAACAGGCUCACUAUGAAAAUGUUCCUGUUCCAGUUUGUCAACUACUAUUCAUCCUGCUUCUAUGUGGCCUUCUUCAAAGGGAAGUUUGCUGGUUACCCAGGUGCCUACACAUACAUGUUUAAUCGCUGGCGAAAUGAAGAGUGCGAUCCUGCGGGCUGUUUGAUAGAACUGACGACACAACUCACCAUCGUCAUGGCUGGCAAACAGAUCUGGGGAAAUAUCCAAGAGGCCAUAGUCCCCUGGAUUUGUAACUGGUGGGGUCGCCGGAAAGCCAGAAAUAAUCCAGAAAAUUUAUACAGUCGCUGGGAGCAAGACCAUGAUCUGCAGACGUUUGGAGCCUUAGGCCUGUUCUAUGAAUAUCUAGAAAUGGUCAUUCAGUUUGGAUUCAUCACUCUCUUCGUGGCGUCCUUUCCUCUGGCUCCCCUUCUUGCUCUGAUGAAUAACAUCCUGGAGAUUCGAGUGGACUCCUGGAAAUUAACCACUCAGUACAGGAGACCUGUGGCUGCCAAAGCACACAGCAUCGGAGUCUGGCAAGAAAUCCUGAACGGAAUGGCCAUCUUGUCUGUUGUCACUAAUGCUUUUAUCGUUGCAUUCACAUCAGAUAUGAUCCCUCGUUUAGUUUACUACUAUGCUUAUUCUGAAAAUGAAGACUCUCCUAUGUCUGGAUACAUAAACAAUAGUUUGUCAGCGUUUCAAAUCUCAGAUUUUCCUGACAGAAACAAACCUAAAGUGAAUCGAGAAGACUUUGUCAUAUGCAGGUACAGAGACUAUCGAUAUCCUCCAGACCAUGAGAGGAAAUACUUACACACUAUGCAGUUCUGGCACAUUCUUGCUGCAAAACUGGCCUUUAUCAUUAUUAUGGAGCAUGUUGUAUUCAUCGUCAAAUUCUUUGUUGCAUGGAUGAUUCCUGAUGUCCCCGCAGACGUGAAAGCCAAAAUAAAACGUGAAAAAUAUUUAACACAGAAAAUCCUACAUGAGUAUGAACUUGAAAAACUGAAGGAGAGACUGUGUCAAGGUGAUAAACGAGCCACAGAAAAGGAGUUCAUCGCCACAGAAGGGAGAAUGGAGUUAUCCAGAGCAAUGUAGCUGGAAAAACAACUGUUUGGGAUUUAGCUCAUUUUAGGUUUUUUUUAUCUGUGACUUGCUCAGUAUUGCAUCAUCCUGAAAGCUGUAGGACAGUUUCAACCCUUCGCUUUCAGUCCGAAGAUUUGAGACUUUUCUUUAAAAGUCUUACUGAGCAUUCUCAGUUUAGUAAAUCUAUUUAACUGCAGCACUGUUUUCUAUUUACCCAUCACUUUGAAUCAUAAGUGUAAUCUUGUAAUCCUCCAAUUGGGAUUCCCAGUACAGGGAACAUGACCCUCAAAGGGCCAUGACAAGGUCAUUACCACCCAACCCUCCCCCUGUUCCUAAAUGCAAAGUUCCAGGCUGUAUCCCAGCGGGAUGAAAAGGAUCCCAGAGAGGACUCCUGCUGGGGAGAAUGCUGAGAAUUAUUAGUUUUGUGACAUGAGCAUUUAAAUAGGAGAACACUCCUGAUACAAGGGUUAGGGUUAGGGGCUUUUAUUUGUGUCCACUAUGUCUCAUGAAACCUUUGUUGCAGCUUUGAACUUCUAUAGACUUUUUAGAAGGAAUGUUUUUUUAAAGAUAUAUUGGCUUAAUUCCACUUGGAAUUAUUUAGAGACACAGAAUUGAGUUAAUACAUACUAAUGAAGGAAAAUAAAAAACCCACAUGAUUUAUUUUCAUAAAGAUAUCAUCUGCCAAAGAGUUUGCUCUUUAAAAGCCAAUCUUGUGGAAUCACCUGUUGACAGUGUUUGUUGAAAAGGUGUUGGAGAAGUACAGGUUGAUUUCUCCAUCUCAAAAACCGCCAUUGGAAGAUCACACUCGAUGUGAGUUUAGGCCAAAGCUGCUCUUUGCUUGGCUUCUCAGCGAAUGCCGACAAAGGGCUAAAGCUGCAUGUCUGUACACGACAUGUAUUGGUGCAGCGGGCUGGGAGCACGACCGCCGCGCUAAUUGAUCUGGCUGCUAAUUGAUCUAGCUGGGUAGUUUGUACAUGGAUUUUGCAUUCAAGAGAUUUUAAGCAUGCCAAUUAAUCUAUGUUUACAUUGCUAUCGUCCUUAUAUAUAGGAGCCUUCAUGGGUCUUUUUUUGCUUUGGUUUGUUGUUGUGGGUUUUUCUUUCUGUGUUGUCAUGGGGCUUUUCUACAGUUAUUGAGUUUAUAAGUAUCUAGUAUCUACUUGUGCAAAGUAGCUCCCAGCUGUUAUGAAUGUGCCCUCAUUUUAUAAUUUGAAGCAGUGAGGCAUUUUUCUGAUUUUGCUGUAUAUUUAAAACAUAUCAACACUUCCAUGCUUAGUGCCUUGUUUAUUUGCGUUUGGCAAAAGAUGUGAAAAUGAGCACUAGGGGAAACGCGUGUUUCCCAGGCGUGCUCGCAGGCAUCGUGAUACUGUGACCUGCGCAGGGAGCUGCAGCGUUGGCCGAACCACCCGUGUGUGUUAGUGCUGUGCAGACUGUUCCGAGAGCAGUUCCUACCCAAACUGCUUCAAUAGCACCAGACUGUUGAGCUCUCUCAUGCUGAAGUACACUAGCUAGAGAGAUUAGAAAUAUUUACUAUAUUUGCACUUUGAAAGUUAUACUUCCUUGCAAGUAUACACACAAAAAAAUUAGGUUUGUAUUCCAUAUCAGCCAAAUGAUGUACUGUUUACUAGAUCCACAGCGUAAGGUUUCUGUGUUUUGUUUUAGCAGACCUGUGUCUUGUAAUACUUGGCUGGUAACCUUAAUGUUGUAACAGAGUUUUAAAUCAGUGUCUUGGGCAGAACAGUCAUUGUUAGCAAAAGUUUUAACAUUGAAGUGCCUACCUCGAGCAAACAUCCCAUGGUUUGGCUGCCAGGCAAGGAGUUGAAGCAGAUGUAUAUUUCUCUUUACUGUAAAUUAUUCAGCUUUGUUCGGUGGGUUUGCUUGAUAAAUCGAGCAUAUUGGCAAUUCAUGUUCAUGAUGAACUGACCAUGUUCUUGAAUAUUCAGAUAUAUUUGAAGUAAUGGGUUUGUUGGAAGAAUGCACGUAUAAAUAAAUGAGCUCUGCUGUUUAAUGUAUAAGCCAAAGAAAAGUAUCAGUCACCACUAUUAUGUAUGUGACACCAGAAUUUACACAGCGCAAGCACUUUGCUGCCUCUUGCACAUAUACUGUUAACUAAACUGCUUUAUUUAGAUUUCACGGUUUUGUUACUGUCAGCAAUGCAAACAAUUGCAUCAAACGGUAAGGUGAUGAGAUGCAAAACGAUAUGUCUAUGCAAAAUGUACAAUCUGAUCGAAGCUGAAAACAGGUUUGGAAAUUCAGCAUUAGAUGCACUAUGCUCACGAAACGUUAGUUUCCUGUAAUAAAGUGUCCUAAUAUACUACACUUGAAAAGACAAAAGCAAAAUAGAUGUAUUGUGAAUGAAUAAUGCUAUUUAAAGGCAAGAUGCAGGAAAGCAAGGAAAUACCUUGGUUUGGGAUAGAGCACUGAUGUGCAAAAGACCCACAUGCAGACCCUGAAUUUGAAUUGAUGUUUUGACCCCUACUUCUUGCUUCUUUCAAACUUAUUUUUGAGACCUCUUCCUAUUUAAUGCUGUACAAACAGAUGUUUUGCAUAUGUUGUAUUGUACAAUAAAAAGUGGGAAAAAUCUGGGAUCAUCUUGUUUUAAAAGAAAUAUAUAUGUCUUAAAAAUCUAUCAUUACACUUCAUAGCACUACUUCUUUGUAUGUAGAAACUGUUAAAAAGAGAAUGUGUUGUCAUAUUAAGAGCUAAUUUCACAUAAUGAAAUCAGUCUAAUACCUCUUCACAUACUAGUUUGCCUUUACUUGUCAUUAAGCAGUAUUUCGACAAACAAAGGAUUAUUAAUAUGAUUAGGAUUAUAAUGGUCCACAUACAUACACAUUUCCUGAAGUGUUCUUGAAAAGUGGCAAAAAUAAGAAAAAUGGCCUGGUUAGUUUGGGAAUGCGCUAUUGUUUCUGUUGGAGUAUUUGAUUUCCAUGUGUUUCAUCUAAAAGUGUCCUUUAAUCAAAGUGAAGAUAGUUCUGUGUUGGAACUAUUGUGAUUUAAGCAACAGUAGAUUGCUUCAUUAAAAUCAGCUAGAAAGAGAAAAUUGGCCUUUCAAAUGUAAUACAAUCAGGGAUUUAUAUUUUUUUUUUUCAAUUAAAAUGUAGUGUUUCUACCUUGGAAGGAUUUAGGGUGGUAUGUUCUAAGCAAGUGACUGCAAAACAAGAUUGCUAGACAAAACAAGACUCUAUACUGUUUUUAAUAGAAGACUUUGUUAUUAUGCUUUUACUUUUUUUAUGUGAUACUAUCAGUUCGAGACAACGGAACAGGGUGAAAAUAGAUGGACUUUCCUACUGUUCUAUGUGUCCUGCUUGUUUUAACUUGUACUGUCACGUAACCCGAGUGGCAAUUUUGUCUGCUAAGUACGUUGCUGAUAUACAUAUGAUACACUAAUGUUGGAAUAAUUUUUUUUAAACAUUGCAUUCAGCUAACUUAUAUAUGUACAUUUAAUAAGGUCUAAAUCUGGCAAAUAAAGCAGUGUUUAUUUUUAA